AUGGUUUGGCUAGUGCUGCCCAACCCUGGCCUGGAGGACCGGAUCCCAUCCCUGGACACACUGGAUGCCAUUGAAAAGAAAGAGGCCAGCUCUCGGCCGCAGUGGGACAACAAGGCCCAGUACAUGCUGACCUGUGUGGGCUUCUGCGUGGGGCUGGGCAACGUGUGGCGCUUCCCCUACCUGUGCCAGAGCCACGGAGGAGGGGCCUUCAUGAUCCCAUUCCUCAUCCUGCUGGUCCUGGAGGGCGUCCCCUUGCUGCACCUGGAGUUCGCCAUUGGCCAGCGGCUGCGGAAGGGCACCAUAGGCGUGUGGAGCUCCAUCCACCCUGCUCUGAAGGGCCUAGGCAUCGCAUCCAUGCUGGCGUCCCUCACAGUCGGCCUGUACUACAACACCAUCAGCGCCUGGAUCUUGUGGUACUUCUUCAACUCCUUCCAGGAGCCCCUGCCGUGGAGCGAGUGCCCACUGGAUGGGAACCGGACAGGCUACGUGGACGAGUGUGCCAGGAGCUCCCCCGUGGACUACUUCUGGUACCGCGAGACCCUCAACAUCUCCACCUCCAUCGACAACUCGGGCUCCAUCCAGUGGUGGAUACUGAUCUGUCUCACCUCCGCCUGGAGCAUCCUGUACGUGUGCACCAUCCGCGGCAUUGAGACCACAGGGAAGGCAGUGUACGUCACCUCCACGCUGCCUUAUGUCGUGCUGACCAUCUUCCUCAUCCGCGGCCUGACGCUGAAGGGCGCCAUCAAUGGCAUUGUCUUCCUCUUCACACCCAAUAUCAAGGAGCUAGCCAACCCAGUGACCUGGCUGGAUGCAGGUGCCCAGGUCUUCUACUCCUUCUCACUGGCCUUCGGGGGCCUCAUCUCCUUCUCCAGCUAUAACUCUGUGCACAACAACUGCGAGAUGGACGCGGUGAUUGUGUCUAUCAUCAACGGCUUCACAUCCGUGUACGCGGCCACCGUGGUCUACUCCAUCAUCGGCUUCCGCGCCACCGAGCACUACGAUGACUGCAUCAGCCAGAACAUCCUGAUGCUCAUCAAUGCCUUCGACCUGCCCGAGGGCAAUGUGACCGAGGAGAACUUCGCUGCCAUGCAGCAGUGGCUCAACGCCACCAACCCUGCCGCCUACGCGGGGCUCAAGUUCCAGAAGUGCGACAUGAACUCCUUCCUGUCCGAGGGUGUGGAGGGCACAGGCCUGGCCUUCAUCGCCUUCACUGAGGCCAUCACCAAGAUGCCAGUGUCCCCUCUGUGGUCGGUGCUCUUCUUCGUCAUGCUAUUCUGCCUGGGCCUCUCCUCCAUGUUUGGGAACAUGGAGGGGGUAGUCGUGCCCAUGCAGGACCUCAAGGUCAUCCCUGAGAAGUGGCCCAAGGAGCUGAUUACAGGCCUCAUCUGCCUGGGCAACUACCUCAUCGCCUUCAUCUUUGCCCUGAACUCGGGCCAGUACUGGCUGUCCCUGCUGGACAGCUACGCGGGCUCUAUACCCCUGCUCGUCGUGGCCUUCUGCGAGAUGUUUGCUGUGGUGUACGUGUAUGGCAUAGACAGGUUCAACAGGGACAUCGAGUUCAUGAUCGGACACAAGCCCAACAUCUUCUGGCAGGUCACAUGGAGGCUGGUCAGCCCGCUCAUCAUGCUGGUCAUCUUCCUCUUCUUCUUUGUGAUCCAGGUCAAUAAGGAGCUCACGUACACCGUGUGGGACCCCAGCUAUGAGGAGUUCCCAAAGUCCCAGAAGAUCCUGUACCCAGGCUGGGUGACCGCCGUCGUGGUGGUUGUGGCUGGGGUGCCCUGCCUCAUCAUUCCUGGCUUUGCCAUCUACAAGUUCAUCAGCAGAUACUGGCAGAGGCCACAGGACCACCAGGGGCUGGUCAGUGCACUGUCCACGGCCUCCAUGAACGGGGACCUGAAGGGCUGAGUGGGGCCUGUGUGGCAGUGCACACGCCGGCAUUGCAUGUGCGCACGCAGACACCCGUGGGUGCAUAUGUGCAUCUGAGUGUGCGUGACAGCACACGUGUGCUGUUUGUAUGUGUGUGCAUGUAUAUAUGUACAGUGAGCUUAUGUAUACAAGUGUGUGGCUGCAUUUCUGAUUCGAUGUCCAUAUGCACACAUGUUACAUGUAUGAGGAUAUUUCUGUGUGCAUAUGUUCCUGUAGAUCGUGUUGUGCUCACACCUGUAUGCAAGUCUGUUAUACAUGUGGAAACAAGGCUGUGCAUGUGUGUGCUUAUUCAUACAUGUGUAUUUGCAGUGGGAGAGGCAUGUGUUGUGCAUAUAAAUGCAUGUGCAUCACAUGCGAGUGUGUGUGUUGUGUACACAAGUGCCUACCGUGCACAUGUGUGAAGCAUGUGUGUUUACACAUUCACGGCACACAUUCCCACCCCUGGGGCAAGCUGCCCUCUGCACUUACCCUCCCAGCCGUGGCAGGGCACGGACUAUGCCCGGCAGCCCUGGUGUGGCUACCCCGGCCCCGCACACACCACGGUCCGCAGCCUAGGGUUGCCGGCCCUGCUUCUCCAUCCGCACCCAGGGCUUCUCAGAGUGGCCCUCGCUGCCUGCCUACUCACUCCCACUCCUGGCUUCUUCAGAGUGGUAGUCAAGGCCCUUUUGCUGCCUGAGGAGAAGCCCAAGGAGGGUGGUCUUGAGGCAGAGAAGACGGCCUGGCCGAUUUGCACAGGGUCGGGCCUGGCAGAGUCCAGCCUGGUGAAUUCCAA